AUGUUUGACGCUCAGAAGGCCGCAGUGCCGUCCUUUAUGGCUCCUCCGACAUUCCUGCAGUCAAGAGCGUCAACCCUGACACCAAGCGACUCGAGCUCAAACUACGAUGAGAUGGAAAAGGACAUUGCAAGCUCUGCCGCGUCAUUUCAAGAUAUACGAAUCGACCCUAUCCUGCUUCCUCCUGUCCCGUAUAGCGAGCUAUCAAGGAUACCUUCCGUCAAGUCAGAACAAGCCGAGAUCGUAAAUAACGAGGAUGAUCUAGAAUAUCCCAAGGGAAUGAAGCUGGCUCUGAUUGUUAUGGCAUUGUGUUUCAGUGUGUUUUUGAUGGCUCUUGCCACCGCCAUCCCACGUAUCACGGACGAGUUCAAGAGCUUGAACGACGUCGGCUGGUACGGCAGUGCCUACCUCCUGACAACAGCCUCUCUCCAGCUGCUCUUUGGCAAGUUUUACAGCUUCUUCAGCAUCAAGUGGGUGUAUCUCAUCACCAUCGCCAUCUUCGAGCUGGGCAGCUUGAUCUGCGGCGUCGCGCCCAACAGUAUCGCCCUUAUUAUUGGCCGUGCCAUCGCGGGAGUCGGGUCAGCCGGCAUUUUUGCCGGGGCACUCAUCAUCCUCGCCUAUAGCGUGCCCCUCGAGAAGCGUCCCAUCUAUACUGGUGCCGUCGGUAGCAUGUGGGGUAUCUCGUCCGUCGCUGGUCCUUUGCUGGGUGGUGUCUUUACGGAUAGUCUCACGUGGCGGUGGUGUUUCUACAUUAACCUGCCGAUUGGAGCCGUCACCAUCUUUGUCAUUCUCUUCUUCUUCCCUGAUCCCGUCCGGUCCAUUCCCCAAGAGACAUGGCGAACGCGCUUCAUUCAGAUGGAUCCUCUUGGAAACAUGCUUUUUAUGCCGGCCAUCAUCUGCCUCCUUCUCGCCCUUCACUGGGGUGGCGUCACAUACCCCUGGGCCUCUGCCCGCGUCAUCGUUCUCUUCCUGAUUUUCGGCUUCGGUAUGGCGGGCUUUCUCUACUUGCAGUACCUCGGCCAGGAAAACGCCACAGUUCCGCCGCGCAUCUUCAAGCAGCGCUCAGUCUGGUCAUCCUCCUUCUUCGCCUUUAACACCGGCGCCGCAUUUCUUUUGUCCGUCUACUUCCUGCCCAUCUGGUUCCAGUCCGUUCAGGGCGUCUCCGCCGUCAACUCGGGAGUCAGGAAUCUGCCCAUGCUGGUCAGCAACAUCAUUGCUUCACUCGUCGCCGGUGCCGCUGUCACUAUCUGGGGCUUGUACACCCCGUGGAUGAUUCUCGGCUCGAUUCUCAUGGGAAUCGGGUACGGCCUCAUCUCCACUUUCAAUCCCAACACAUCCUCUGCGAUGUGGAUCGGUUACCAGAUUCUUGCUGGCGCCGGAGUCGGCGCCGCUAUGCAGCAGCCUCUAAUGGCUGUGCAGGUGGUCCUUGACAUGGCCGACGUGCCCACGGGAACCGCCAUCAUCAUCUUCACACAAACGGUCGGCGGGGCCAUCUUUGUCGCCAUCGGCCAAACAGUCUUUACCAACAAGCUCGUGGAGAGCUUGGUCGAGUACAUCCCGACCAUUGACCCCCACUCCGUCAUCGCCGCGGGUGUGACAGGCAUCCGCAAGACCAUCGAUCCGUCCCUGCUGCCCGCGGUAGAGCACGCCUACAGCGACGCCCUAGCACAGGCGUUCCUAGUGAGUGCUGUGACGGCCUCUGCGACCAUCAUCGGCUCCGUGUUUGUGGAGUGGAAGAGUGUCAAGGGCAAGGAUGUCCACGUCGGCAUGGCGUAG